CUUGGAGCAAUUCCAUUCUCUCCCCUUUCUUCCUGCUUUGUCUUAAGGGAUUUUUCUCUGGUUGUGUGGACAAGUCUUAGGAAUUUGAGCAUGUGGAAUUAGGCAGUUCGGGGGCAUCUUGGCAUCGGGGACUUGGUGACUGUGAUGUUGCUGGGACAGGGUGGAGCAGUUACUGUACUAGAUUUUUCAGUCUCUGAGAGAGAUGUGUGAAAGAUUCCUGCUACUUUGGAAAAAGACAUGUAAGAUAUUUCUAGUUGUUCGGGUUUACCCAUCAUGCUGUGAUGAGACUCCAUGAACAUACCCUGUUGAGCACACAGGCUACAACUACAUUCCACCAACUAAGGACAAGUAUGGAUCUCAACAAUUGUCUAUAUGAAAUUGGAGAGAAUCUGAACAGUGAUGAGGUGGCUUCCCUCAAGUUCCUAAGUGUGGAUUACAUACCACAAAAGAAGCAGGAACACAUCAAAGAUGCCUUAAUGUUAUUUCAGCGACUCCAGGAAAAGAGAAUGGUGGAGGAAAACAACUUGUCCUUCUUGAAGGAGCUUCUAUUUCGAGUUGGUAGGUUGGAUCUCCUGAAAAAGUACCUGAACACCAGCGAAGAAGAGAUGAAGAAGGAGCUUCAGAUACCGGGCAAGGCUCAGAUCUCUGCAUACAGGGUUAUGCUAUUCCAGAUUUCAGAAGAUGUAAAAACAUCGGAAUUACCAUCUUUUAAGUUUCUUUUGAACAAGGAGAUCUCCAAAAGUAAACUGGAUGACAACGUGAACUUGCUUGAUAUUUUCAUGGAGAUGGAGAAGAGGGUCCUUCUUGGGGAAAGAAAUUUGGACACCCUAAAACGAAUCUGUCACCAAGUCGACAAGAGCCUGCUGAAGAAAAUCAAUGAUUAUGAAGAAUUAAGCAGAGGUGCUACAUGUUUCUUUCCUAAAGUAUCCUCUCUGCCAUGUGUCAUUCCAAAUGUGUCUUCAUCAUUUGUAGAGGAGGAGGUGUCACUUAGGAUGCUGUCAGUGUCGGACAAUUCAAGAGAACAGGACUGCGAAUCUUCCAAGGAGGACAGUGAGUCACAACAGACAUUGGACAAAACUUACCGAAUGACAAGCAAGCCCCGGGGGUUCUGUGUGAUCUUUAACAAUUAUGACUUUCACCUGGCAAGGAAGAACGUGCCCAGGCUUCACAACAUAAAGGACAGGAAUGGAACACACUUGGAUGCAGAGGCUUUGUGUUCCACUUUUAGUAUGCUUCACUUUGAUAUAGUGCAGCACAACGACUUCACAGCAGAGAAAAUCUGUGAAACUCUGGAAGAGUACCAAAACAAGGACCACAAUAACAAAGACUGCUUCAUCUGCUGCAUCCUUUCCCAUGGAGACAAGGGCAUCAUCUAUGGUGCUGAUGGGCAGGAAGCCCCCAUCCAUGAGCUGACUUCAUACUUCACUAGUUCAAAAUGCCCUUCCCUUGCAGGCAAACCCAAAAUCUUUUUCAUCCAGGCUUGUCAAGGGGAUAACUACCAAAAAGGUAUAGCUGUAGAGACUGACUCAGAAGAAAAGGAAGACCAUUUAGAAAUGGACUUAACACUUCAGAAAAGAUACAUCCCAGAUGAGGCUGACUUUCUGCUGGGAAUGGCCACUGUGAACAAUUGUGUUUCCUACCGAAGCCCUAUGGAGGGGACCUGGUAUAUCCAGUCACUUUGCCAGAGCCUGAAAGAAAGAUGUCCCAGGGGUGAUGAUAUUCUCACCAUCCUCACAGAGGUGAACUUUGAAGUGAGCAAUAAAGAUGACAAGAAGAAUAUGGGGAAGCAGAUGCCACAGCCGACUUUCACUCUGACAAAAAAACUCUUCUUCCCUCUUAAUUGAUGUAUAACACUAUGCUUAAUAUUUUAUUAAGAUGCUGCUGUUAUGCUUCUACUUUAUGCUAAUAUUUACUGGCAUAACACUAGGCUUAAUUUAAUAUUGCCACACCUUGCUCCUUCUUUUUUUUUGAUGGUAGGAAGGGGAGAGAAUGGGAGUCAAGACAAUUUAAUUUGUAUGUAAAUCAAGCCCAAAUAUCUGGCUUUGUAACAAUAGCUAGAUAUUUAUAGCCAUAGUCAUGAUUUUAGUUGUACUUUUAAUUUGAUAAAAAAGCUUUUAAAAACUAUAGUAGAUACAAAAAGUAUAGUAAGUUUAAAAGAAGAGUAACAUCAUAAUGGUUCAAAAACAGUGGCAGAUGUAUUUCACAAGUCACUCAUCUGCUUUCAACCCAUACUCAUUCAAUUUAAUUCGCUUCAAAUUGUUAAGUAUUUUGUUUUGUUUUGUUUUGUACUUUCAGUCCCUCUCUUUCCAAGCCAUUGUUUGCACUACUUUACAAGGCUGUGAAAAAGACUUUUCCUUUUUAUUCAUCUAGCUUCUUUGGUUUAUCUGUUAAUUAAAUUGGCAUAAGAUAAACGAACAGAAGGAAAAUUAACUUUCAUACAUAUAGGAUAGCAGAAAAAUCUAAGACUCCAAAUAAUGAUUAAAUCAGGCAGAUUUUAUUUUUAGACAGUGUAACAAUAAAUUUGUGAAGAAUUUACAAGACAAAGAAGUUUGGGCUUCCAGUAGUAAAUUAGAAAAGAAGCAACAGAGUUUUUUUGUUGUUGUUGUUGUUUACGAAGCCUUCUUAGCCUGUAUUCCCUAUCUCUGGUAAUACAGUGGCUUCUACCGUGUUUGCACAUGAAGGGUGCUUUUCACAUAGUAGGUUUAAUGUCAGCUGUCAGGGGGAAUAAAAAAGGAUUAGAUUGUCCAUCUUGCAGUAACUUUCUCAAGUAACUUUAAUUCAAAAUAAUUAAUAUUCCCUGAACUCCAUUGAAAGUUGCUUUAAAAUACAAAUUGGAGAAGAUUUUCUUACAUGAAAAGCUUUAAUGUAAGAAAUUCUUACAUUAAAAUUAAAAAUAUUUUUACAAAUUUGCUAUACUCUUUUUCCAAACUCCCUUUUCAGCCUUUUCUCUUAUUGCUCUUAUAAUAUAUGCAUACUUCCGUAAUGUUUGAUUUUUUUUGCUAGUAAUGCUGUGCUUCUUCCAUGCUUUUAAAUUUGUAAUUUAUAUCUUCAGUUUACUUGAAAUCUUUUUAAUAAAACAUAAUUUAAUCUUA